AACCUUAGAGUAGAGGGUUUCUUUUCACCAGGGUUGGGGUAGCAAAGUUUAGUUCGUUAGAGACGAGGAAUAUCACGAGGAGGGAGAAAUAAAAGAGGUCCAAUCCAAUCGAAGAUUGAAAAACAAGGCAGUGAUGGAGGAAAACACGUUGAUUAAUAGUAGUUCUUCUCUUGUUUCUGGUAGCGAAGGUGAGAGCAAUACACUUGCUCCUGACAAAAGCACACUUGAAAGUGAGAACUGGGGGGGUGAUUUUUGCAACUCAGAUAACAUUGACUCGGAUUCGACUGAAUUUGAAAUUGGGGGACUUCAUUACGGUCCUUAUAGCGACGAUGACGGCUUUCGGUUUGAAACGAAGGAGACCAAUUUUGUUUGGGAUGGAUGGGAAGCUGCUCUAAUUGUGUCUAAACGAAUGCUGGCAGAUUAUUAUGUUAAAAGCAGUUCAGAAAAAGAAGACAGCGGAAAGGUGUUGACACUUGAACCAUAUGAGAAUGAGACCCAUUUUGGAAAAAGCAAUGCCAGGCAUACAUUGGAGCUUGAAGGGAGUGGCCUAGUCACCAGAAAGGUAGUACAAGAUGCCUCGUGGUUUGGGCCAAUCAAAGAAGAACAAUACACCAAGAUUGGUAAGGUUAUUGUGGUAUUAGCCCAUGGAGCGAUGUGUUAUGUUAUGUUUUGUUCCUUCAAGGAGCUAAUCAAAGACGAGGAUUACAAUACUGUUGGCGAAAGUGUGUUUAAAAGUAUUGUUAAGUUUGUCUUGAGUGUUUUUGAUAUGGAAGAUUUUGAGAAAAUAUUUGAUCAGAGUGUGGUUGAGGAUGAGUACUCAAAAUUAUGUGAAAUUCUUGACUCUUGUAAAUGUGAUCCUCUUGUAGCUAUUGCUGAGGGGAAGGUGAAAGUUGAUCAAUUUUCCACGCUAAGGGAACAUGAUCUUUGUGACACUAUACGGCAACAUAAAUGUAGUGUCGAAAGAAAGGUGAAAGCCGAUCAAUUUUCCAAACUGCGGGAACAUGAUAUUUAUGAUGACAGAACAGAGGUUCUUCGUCCGUGGGUUUUUCCUAUUUUUGGUCCCGAGUGGAAUGAUAUUAGCCCAAACGAAGUAGCAAUUGCAUUGGAGAUGCUUAGGAAUUAUGAGCCUUUGAAGGAAGAUUGUAAAAUGCAGCUUACCUUGGAGUUAACAAAUGAGAAAAGUUAUCGUAUUCUUGAUUCUUUGGUUUUAGAGGCUUGGGGGGGCGUUGACAUGGAAUUGCUACGUAAUUGUUUACCUAAUACAGCAGAUGAUGUGUUUCUCGCUAAGGAUGUUACUUUUGCAUGCUCAUGUUUAGCUGAUGGCUUAUUCAUUGGGCUCUAUGAAUUGGCUGCUAUGAAAACAUCAGCGUUGCAGUACUUCCAGGAAGCUGUAAUUUUUCCUUUAUCAGAUGGUUGCUUUGGACCUUUUACAGAUGAGUUCAUUGAAGUGAUUAAAAUUGCUGAUCAUGAGAGAAGAAUGCAAGGUGAUCGUUUCAUCAGUGUAAAGCAUCUUUUGUUUGGCCUUUCACUUUCAAGUGUUCGUAGAUGUGUUGAGAUGAUGCUCCAUGGUAGAGUGCUAGAUUAUACGGGUCAAUUAGCUUUGAAGCUCUCAUCGUUUAGCAUUUACAAGUUAUCGCGCGAUGCAGCUACCAUUCUUGGUGAUAAGAAUGUUGGACUUGAGCACUUGGUUCUGGCAAUUUUCUAUGGAAAGCAAGAAAAUGAUCGUACAGGGACGGCUGCACAGGAUGAUUGCAGUUCUUUGUUCUUCGACGAGAAGAAAUGGGAUGAUUACCUCUUGAAACAUUUAAGAUACAGGGAUGAGUGUGAUUUUGCAAGCUUGAAUGACAGUGAUUUUUUCAGAUCAUUGCUACCCGAAGAUUGUUUGUCUUUUGGUAGACCGGCGGCAUUAUGUGGCUUUUCUAUCAAGGAUGAGCUGCACAAGGCUUUAAAGUCUGGCUUGAAGUUGAACGCUAUUCGGGGGUAGAAUUAUUACCUUCCCUUUUGUGGGCUGGUCUGGCUUCCACUGUAUAUGCUGUUUGAUACAUUAUGAAUGCCCCUGUGAACAUGGCUGGAAGGUUAUUAUUACUUUCAAAAUAGGAAUAUAUAUUGCAAGUGAAGCCCGUGUUUGACUUAUUUAUUUGUUUAUCUUUUUGGCUGAAAAUUGCUUAACUUA